AUGUCUUGUCCAGAGCCUCCUUCAGCCCUUGAUGGGCGUUGUUCAGUUGUCUAUAACAACACUAUCUACGUUUACACUCCUUCCGCAUUAUUAUCCCUACCUCUCGAACAGGGCGCCGAGUGGACAUCUACAAAUGCUGGCCAAGGAGUCACCGACGCCGUCUGUGUCACAGGUACAAUUGAUGGCUCCGCCGAUAACCAAGCUUUAUAUGUUGUCGGAGGUACUACGGCCGACUCGACAUAUAUGGGUCUUCAACGAUACUCAUUCGCCAAUAAAAAGUGGGAGUCCCUUAAUCUGGGUGGUGGUCUUCGGAAUACAGUCAACCACAGUGCUAUAUAUCUCCCCGGCACUGCUUCGAUCCUUGUCUAUGCAGGAUCUAAUGAUGGAAACCAGGAUGCGUCGACAACAACCUUUGAAAUUCCCCUCGCAAACGGAGGGACGAUACAGAACCGUAACGGUGCCGGUAUAGCAGCUGGGAUCAAACCAACCUUAUUACCUUGGGAUAGUUCGACGGCCGUUUACGUGGGAGGAACUCCUACGAACACUGAAGUGUUUCUUUACCAUGGCGAUAGUGGCUGGGGCACGUCACAGAUUUCCCUGGCCAGCGGCAUACCCAGUACUGCCGGUGUUGCCAUCCAAUCAAACGCAGACGGGAGCAAAUUUUUGGAAAUUUUUGAUAUGUCCGUCUCCCCAAACAACGUAACAUACGUCGCUUUGCUGCAGCCCGGUGGUUCUGCGGCAUUCCCUGGUGAACCCGUGACAUUCACCACUUCUCCGUCAUACAAUGGUACCCUAGCGUCCACAACGACACGCAACAGUUUCUCGUUGGCCCAGUCCUAUAACGGCUUAGUCGUGAUAGCUGGCGGAAGCAGCACGGAUGCCAUCACUGUUUUUAACCAGACUCAGAAUAGCUGGGUCAACACCACAAAACUCUUUUACGGUGACGCAGUAAGUGCGGGCCUCCAGCAUCCAAUAGGUCCAUCUUCGACAACUGCUCCGACGACCAGCGCUACGGCUGCGACAACAACAUCGGCAUCGGCAACAACCACUGCCGCAGCCUUCGGUGGGACCAGGAUCAGCACGGGUGUCGUCAUAGGUGCAACUCUAGGUUGCUUGCUAGGUGUGGCUGCCAUCCUAAUUAUUCUGCUGGUAGUCCUUCGCCGUUUUCACCGAAAGAAUGGUACCUUGGGCACAGGUAGCCGCCGUUAUGGUCAAGAUAAAGACCGGCUGAGCUUCCAGGAUCAAGGUAUUGAACCUCUCACAAUGGCUGCCGUGCCUAUGGCUCGAAGCCAUGUGCCUUCAGCAGUCGACUCUCUCAACAUGAUUUCUGGGAAAUUUGAAAACGAAUAUCCUGGUACAUUCAUGGCAGAUAAAACUCCAGUGACGACCCGGUCUUUGAUACCACCAACUAAGACCACCCUGACAACGAUUACUACUAGCCAGGCAGAUCAGUAUAGAAAUAAUACCCUCACCCCUAUCACCGAGUCUCACUCACGGGGUGAUCGAAGCACUGAUGAAGGUUGGGGUAAAUAUUUCCAGGAUGGAGAAGGUCCGACGACUGACUCUCCUCGCACUACAAUGAAUUCGGACAUUUCUCAGAUCACCAAGUCUGAUUAUCGAGGUAGUAUGUGGCCUCAUGAAGUACCAGAGAGAACCACAAUUGCAUUGAGUGCUCUAGAUGGACCCAGACCAUUAGGACAAGUUGCUUCUGGCAGUCCUAGCACAGAACAUUUACCGUCAUUUGGGUCCCGGCAUAUCCAUCAAGGUCAGUCUGCUCAUAUAUCUAGCGCAGAUUCGGUCAGCUUCGUCUCGGAGGAAGAAGAUGACCAUGACCGCCAUAAUGCGUUUUCUUCUGGCGUUCCACAGAGCGUUCAUGAUGGAACACAGUGGACACACCAGCCUUGGAACCUACGACCACCAAGUAGCAACUAUACCGAUAGCUUCUAUCAAUCAAGUGCACGUGAACCCUCGGGUGUGCAUGAGCCGAUAAUUGAUGCUCGGUCUCAUGGACGAAGAUCAAGUGGCAUCCUUCAUGACGACAGGGAUAGCUAUUCGUCGAAGAAAGUCAAUUCAGAUAUGAGCUGGUUGAACUUGCAUGCGGAUAAAUAA